UCACAUUGGAUCUUAAGUUACUAUUAAUAGUUGUUAGUUAGCCUAGAUUUUAUUAUUAUAGUAUUUAGAAAAGUUAACCAAUCAAGUUUGUUGUUGUUCAAGAUUCAGCAACAAUCAAGAAUCAAAGGAAAGAUGAAGACCAACUCGUGAACAGAUUUCUUGUUUUUCAGGGAAACUUGGGUUAAUGUUAGCAUAAUAGUGGCAAACAACUUGUCUGUUACUUUAUUUUGCCUUUUCCACCCGUUUUUGGUCAUUUAUUUUUUUUAUACUUACUGGUUUAAUUUUCAUACCUGUUCAAUUAAUUAUUAUUUUGAGCCUUAAACUUGACUGAUUAUGCUUUGAAUAUACUCUUUUCAACGUUUCAAUUGUUUUUGUUCAUCAAACCAGAAUACCUCUUAACCCAUUUGGACUGUUUUGCCUAUGUUAUUGUCUGGUAAUUUUUUAACAGCUCAAAGUUUAUUUAUAAAUUGUGCUAAUUAAAGCUGCAAUCAAAGAUGAAGAUUGAAGAGAUUCAACAUAUCACCGACGUUGUCGGACAUUGGGGUAAAUGGCAAAGCAACAUCUUCUUCUUUUACCUUACAACCUCAGUCUAUUCAGCCUUUCAUAAUCUUGGUUUGGCUUUGAUGGCUCCUAAGGUGGACUUUUGGUGUGCAACCGAUUUACAAAAAAACAUGACUGACCAUUGUUAUGCUGAUAUUAAAAAAACAAUUCCUUGUACAAAAUGGGUUUACGCCGAGUCCUUUUUAACCAAAACGAUAAUUUCAGAGUGGGAUUUGGUUUGUGAUCGAGCUUGGCUUGUUUCAAUCACUCAAUCACUCUACAUGUGUGGAAUGACUAUCUCUGCAUUGCUGUGUGGCCAUUUUUCAGACAAAUAUGGUCGACUUCCAGUCUUAUGGACAGCAGUGGUCACUGAGAUAGUUGCUGGACUUUCUUGUGCUUUUUCAAUAUCAAUCUAUCAAUACAUGAUUUCAAGGUUUGUCCUUGCCAUCGGAGCUUAUGGAAGAUAUUUAACUGGUUUCAUGUUAGUUAUUGAAACGACUGGACCCGAGUAUCGAGCUACUAUGGGCAUUGUUUGCCGAUUUGGUUGGGCUUUGGGUUGCUUCAUAUUACCAGGGAUUGUUUGGCUAUUUGAUAAUUGGCGACACGCUCAAUUAGCAUUUACUUUACCUGAGAUACUUUGGAUACUCUGGUUAUGUCGUAUUCCCGAGUCUCCUCGAUGGCAAUUAGCUAAAGGUAACAGUGAGAAAGCUCAAGAAGAACUGAGAAGAGCUGCCGAACUCAAUAAAAGACGAUUAACUGGAAUAGAAGAUAAAUUGGAAGAACUAAGAGAUAGAUUUGAAAAGGAAAAUGAAUCUUGCUCCGAUCGAAAGGCCAAUCUCUUCGACCUCUGGAAAACACCCAAUCUUCGGAAGAACACUAUUAUCCUUUGUUUAACUUGGUUCACAACUGGUUAUGUUUACUAUGGAUUGUCCCUAAACAUUGGUGAUCUCGGUGGUAAUUUGUUGACCAAUUUUGCUAUUGCUGGUUUACUUGAGUUCCCUUCAUUUGGAAUCAGUUUAUAUGCUCUUAAGAAAUCGGGUCGUCGUUCGGUACAGUUUUGUAUCAUGUUUGCUGCUGGAAUCGGUAGUUUUAUUGCCAUUCCAUUCUACUUUUUACCAUUUGGAACUACUGCAAUCAAUAUUACCCUUGGAAUGAUAGUUAAAUUUUGCAUUUCUAUCUCUUAUUACACCAUUUACAUUUACUCAGCAGAAGUUUAUCCAACGUUGGUUCGACAAGUUGGUGUUGGUUGUAACUCCGGUUUUUCACGAAUAGGUUCAGUUUUGGCUCCAUUUGUCAAAGAAUUGAGUCACUAUACACAUAUAACAGUUUCAUUUGCAACUUUUGGAGUAAUAUCAACAGGUAGUGCCCUUCUUGUGCUACUACUUCCAGAAACUCGAGGAAAAGAGAUUCCUGAUACUUUAUUGGAGGCUGAAAAAAUUAGCAGAAAAUCUUAAUACACUGUCAUAAUAUUGAGCAAACGAGAGAAUAGAAUGAAAAAAUAACUAGAAUUGAAUAUUUGAUGUCUCUGGUUGAUUUUGAUUUCGAAUUUCAGUAAAUUUUUUUAAAUAAAA